AUGUUUGAGGCCAAGCUCGCCAGCGCCGGACUUCUGAAGAAGAUCGUGGAGUCGAUCAAGGAUCUUGUGACAGAUGCUCCAUUUGACUGCUCCGAGACGGCGAUGAGCCUUCAGGCUAUGGAUUCUUCCCACGUUGCUCUUGUCUCUUUAAAACUGGAGGUAAUGUUUUUCAGCUAAGCAGGACGCAAUAGUUUUUUUCAGGUUGGUUUGUUCGAUACCUACCGAUGCGAUCGCACCAUCAACCUCGGACUUUCCCUGGCCAACAUGUCGAAGGCUCUGAAGUGUGCCAGCAAUGACGACACUUGCAUGUUGAAGGUAAUUUCAAUGCAAUAGCUAAUUCUUAUGAGUAUUUUCAGUACGAGGAGAACGAUGGGGACUCGAUCGUUUUCACGUUUGCCGAUCCAAAGCGAGACAAGACUCAGGAUGUGACCGUAAAGAUGAUGGACAUUGACAGCGAGCAUCUCGGAAUUCCCGACCAAGAGUAUGCUGUUGUGUGCGAGAUGCCAGCCGGAGAGUUCCAGAAGACUUGCAAGGAUCUGUCCACGUUCAGCGAUUCCCUCAACAUCACCGCCACCAAGGCUGGAAUUGUCUUCACCGGAAAGGGUGACAUCGGCUCUUCAGUCGUCACGUACUCUCCUUCCUCCAGUGCUGACGACGAAAGUGAGGCUGUUUCCCUCGAAGUCAAGGAGCCGGUGAACGUGAACUUCUCGAUCAAGUACAUGAACCAAUUCACGAGGGCUACAGCUCUCGGCGAUCGUGUGCGGCUCUCACUGUGCAACGAAGUGCCGGUUGUUGUCGAGUACCCGAUCGAAGAAAACGGUUACCUUCGCUUUUACCUGGCCCCAAAAAUCGACGACGACGAGAACAUGGAUUAA